GUCUGUGAGCUGAUGAAUACAAUUCUAUUCAACGCAUUGGAGAAAACACGGACCUGUGCAUUUAUUGUUAAAAGCAUGGGAGACGCAUAAAGUUCGCGUUUCAGUCUCAUCACGCUGUGGGCUCUGGCUUCAUGUCUGCACUAUGACGUCGACACAGAGACUUCCCUGACUCUCUUUGGACUGGCCGAGGGGUACGGAAAGUCUGGGAGCCCAUGAGAACUCUUGAGCACGGCCUUUGGGUGCACAGCAAAUGUUCGCCAAUGGAGCCUUAACCGAAAUGCGCACGGUGGAGGAGGAUGCUGUUCCGGGCGAGGGGAACACGGCGAACGUGCCCAGCAAGGCGCCGCAGGCGGAGCCGGAUAUGCUGCUAAACCUUAGUGUUGUGCUGCCGUACAUGGCAUACCGCAAGCGCAUCCGCUAUUUCACGGGCGAGUACAAGGCGAGCAACCCCUACCGCAUGGCCUUCCUGCUUUUGAUCUUACUGUUCCUGUGGAGCCUGCAGUCUUUCUUCCUGCAGCAAACCGAUCAAGAACUCAAUUUUGGCGUAAUUCUGUCGCUGUCUUACAGCAUGCCUGAGGGCACGGCUUUGGGCGGCGGCGCGGUGGCGCUCAACGCCAUCAACUACGGCCUGAUGAUCGUAUGCCUGGUGCUGGUGUCGGUGCACGUCACCACGUUCGAAUCGCCGUUUAUAACGAUGAUGGGACUGGUGGCAAUAGUUCUGUUCCUGGUCGUGUUGGGCCGGCGGCUGGAUUUCUCACAGAACCACUCGGGCGAUAUAGAGGCCAGCAGCACAGACGAGGCCAACGCGUACUCGCUGACACAGGACGUGAUCAUGCAGGCAUUCGUGUACCUCUCCCUCCUACACAUGCUGGGUUCCGCCAUCAUCCGCCGCCUGGUGCCCUGGCUGGUGCGCCGCAACAGCAUUCUGGCCUGCGCCGGCAUCCUGGACCGCCGCGAUCUAGUCGACCCCGCCACUGCUACAGCCCUCAUUGCGCUGCCGCCCGGCUACAGCCUCUCGCCGGAGCGCCGCCUGGUGGCGUGCUACCUGCGAUACAUGGAGCCAUGGUACAUGUGGUGGCUGCCGAUAGUGGGCCGCGAGACCAUCACGUUCGUGGGGGAGGUGGACGGGUCUGGCCACCCCAGCGGCUACGGCGAGUGGCGCGACUCCGCCUGGCACGGCGAGCACCUGACCGGCUUCUGGCACGCCGGCAAGCCCGCGGGUCCCUUCCGCAGCCGUGAGACCGGCUCCGCCAGCAGCCUGGUGAACCUGCGAGUUGCCUACUUUCGCAAUCGCGGCGAGGCCAUCGGGCGCGCGGCGUGCUUGCCCAAGCUCACGCCGCUGCAGUUCGGCAUCGUGGCGUGCGAGGUGACUACUAGUGGCGUGUGGUUCAAGUCGCUGCCGCGCCUGCGCGAGCUGCUGCCGCCCAUCGACAUCGCGGAGGGGCUGGAGGCGGAGCGCGAGGCCGCGGAGGCGGAGGGGCGCCUACCGGCGGCCGCCGCUACCGCAGCCGCGGCGGCAGCGCGCGCCACAUCGCGCUGGCGCUGGUGGCCCUGGCGCGGCCGGGGCAAGGGUGGGGCGAGCGGCGAGCGCGUGGCUGGGCAUGGGAACGGGCCGUCGGACGACCCUCAGCAAUGUGCGGUCGCCAUGCUUGGUCCGGAGGUGGUGGCAGCUGCGGGCGGCGCGGCGGCGGCCGCCGCACGGAGCCCAGCAAGCUCAAAGCCGCCACGGCUUCAAACGCAGCAAACGCGCGAUGCAGCGUGGCUUGAGGAUGCCAAGUCCACUUUGGCCACGCCAGGGGGGAAGCACGGCGUGCGGCUGCGGUCCGCGCUUGCAGCGCCCUCGUACGCUGCUGCCGCGACCACGCUUGAUGCACUGGAGCUGGCGCGGGGACCCUUGGGAUGGGGAGCAGUGGCGAGCAACCGCGCCGGCGGGGGCGGCAGUAGCGCAGCCGACACGGGUCUGCCUGCAACACUGAAGCCGCUGCCGCGCUACAGCCUCCGCAAGUCCACCACGUCGGGCCUGAGCGAGGGGCCAGCUCGCGCGGCACGCGGCGGCUCGGUGGCUGUAGCAGUUGCCCCGGUGGCUGUAGCAGUUGCCCCGGUGGCGGUAGCAGUGGCCCCGGUGGCGGUAGCAGUUGCCCCCCUCCCCGAGGCGCCCGCCGCUGGAGCCGGCAACACCGCCAGUGCCGAUGCCAGCGCCGGUGCCGCAAGUGCAAGUACCGCACUUGAUGAUGCACCGUGCUGCGGUGAUGCGCUGGUUGCUCGUGUACCCCUCUCCCAAUCGCUCGCCGCCAUCGACAAGCUUCAGGCGCAACUGCCCCAGAGCAGCGGCCUUGCCAGGGUCGUGGAGAGCGUUGGAAACGCAUUCCUGACGGUGACAGCUGCGGCGCAAACGGCGACCGCGGCAGCGGCGACAGCAGCCACUGCGGCGCUGACGCCGCCGCCCCCGCCUGCUCCACCGCCGGCUAUGGCGCCAAUGGCAGCACUCGAGGCAGCAGAGCAGGCGCUACUUGCACCCACGCUCAUGAACCCAGCCGGUGGCGCAACCACCGCAACCUGCGAUGCCGCCCCUGCCGGCACUGGUGGUGAGGCGGCGGCAGAGACUGGGGCAGAGGCGGUGGCAGGGGCGGAGACACUGCAGGGCAACUUCGCCGCCACGCACACCAGCGCUGCGGGGAACUGCGCUCCUGCACACACAGAAGCCUUGGUAGCAGAUGUAGGAGUUGCCGGGCCGGCAACCGCAGCCGCAGCCGGUAGCGUGGCGCCGCCAGGGCCGGCAGGUACGGCGCCGCCCGUGACAGCGCCCGCGGCAGCUUGGGGGCCGGGCGCGGCGCCACGCGUGCAGCGCCUGCCGCGGCUAGUCAGCAUGCUCAUGCCAAUGCAGCCGGCGCCCACCACCUCCGUUGCGUCGGCGCGCCGUCAGAACGGCCGCGCCGCCGCCGCCACCGCCGCCCUGAUCGGCCUUCGCGCGCAGCAGGCGCUGGUGACGGGCUCAAAGCAGCUGACCAGUGUGGCGACAGCGGCUGCGGCGGCGGCACUCAAUGUCGGCCGCCGCUCCGGCAUCGCGGCCAGGCAGGCGCCCGGAGACGUUGAAGGGGGCCGUACGGAUGAGGACUAUGGCGAUGAGGGCGAUGUGUUUGGGCAACACGCGGGCACUGACGGCGGGCGGCUUGAGACCGCGCCGUCCAGCGGCAGCCGCAAGGAUGCCUCGAAUCGCUCCAAUGCGUCAUCCAACCGGUCCGCUCGCGGCCCCAGUCGCACUGGCGGGCUGACUCGCCCACUGGCCGCCUCCUCAGCGUCAGGGUCUUCUGCUGCCGGCUUCCAUGGCGCUGCCGAGACGCCGGGCAGCAGAGCGUCGGCGGGGCCCGGGCCCGGGCCUGUGGAGCGGCGUGCUCUUGCGUCCUUCAUUCGCACCACGAAGCCCGUCGUGCCUGGCAGUGGCGGCGGCAGCCCCGCGGCCCGCCCUAGUGGUGACGCCAGUAGCGGGGUUGCCAGGGAGAAUGGCGAUGUCAGCCGCCGUGGCGGCGCCAGCACAAGUGGCGCACAGGGCGGAAGCCAGGCGCCUUCAGGCGCUGCUGCAGCUAUAGGAGUCGCCCCGCGCGCUGCCGCCAGCACCGCAGGUGCAGCUACUUCCAACACGCCUGCUGCGCCCCACGCGCAGCCCGCAGCCGCCGCAGCCACCCUGAAGACAUUCCCACUGAUGCCGCCGCCGCCGCCACCGCUCAGGGCACACGUGGAGCCGCCGCAACCGCAGCAAGCCGCCACCACUGGCGGCGGCUCACCUAGCGAAUGGGACCCUCCAGCGCCAUCGGACUGGCGCCUCUCCAACGUGCUCUCGCCACCCGACUUUCCUGGUCGGGUGGCACUCCCGCUCGUCUCGCAUGCCUCUGCGGAGCACACCUCGGGCAACUUGCCGGGGCUGGACCCCCUCGACCCGAACGCGCUGCCGCCCACCCUUCCUCCCACAUCGGUGGACGCCGCCGGGGGUGGUGCUGCGGGUGCUUGUGUUGGCCGCGGCGGCGACCUGUCGCGGCCACCCGAGGCGUUCCUGUUCGUGCACGGGCUGGGCGUGGACCUGCACAAGGCGCUGCGGCACUACGCACAGAUGAUGGCGCUGCUGAAGUUCCCGCCGCACAUCUCGCCAAUGCUCUUCGCAUGGCCGUCAUCCAUCGCAGUAGGGUACUUUUUCGCGCGCUACAGGGCCGCCGAGCGCCCGGAGACGGGCUUGGCGCUGGCGUCCGCGGUGCGCGCUCUGGCGGCGGACGGCUUCGCCGGCCUUCAUAUCCUGGUGCACAGCAUGGGCACACGCGUGCUCAUGAACGCGCUACCCCACCUGGAAGCCAUCCUGGCAGAGGAGGCGCAGCGCGGCGGCGCCGCAGCGACAGAGGCAGGGGCGGCGAGCGCGGCAAGGCCGGGCGGCGAGGGGGUGGGAGGAGGCGGGGGCGGCAUGAAGCUGCUGACGGUGACCAUCUGCAACCCGGACUAUGGGCUGCGGCCGUUCGUGCGCGAGAUGGGCUUCCGGCUGCGCGCGCUGUGCCCCAUCGUCACCAUAUACGGCGACACGGCUGACGGCGCGCUAGGCCUGUCGGAAGUGGUCAACGCGAUGGCUAGGCCGGUGAUCCGCACCCGGCGCUGGAUGCGCUACAUGCUCGGACGCGGAAAGCGCGGCAGGCGGAGCCAGGCGCAGGGCGUGGGCGAGCAAUGUCAGCCGGCGGGGCAGCCGGAGCAGGGCGGCGAGGCAGCCGCGUCUGGCGUGCCCGCGCAAGUGGUGGCCGGCACCGGCGCAGGCGCGGGCGCAGCCGCACAUACAAAGGGCCGGACUGGCGGCCACCAGCAGAGUGUGAGCCCGGAUGAGGUGCGGAUAGACAUGGCCACGGGCAUGGCAGCAGCGAUGCCAGCGCCUCCGGCGGCACCAUGCCCGCCCGCGCCGGCUCCCUUCCCACCGCCGGCGCCGCCGCCGGCAGCGGCAGGCUCAGGCCCGUUGCCCCUCACCAUUGCCAGCAUGCCUCAAGCGCAUGCAGCUUCCACACCGGCCUCGCCCAACACCUCGGGCUCGCUGCACAGGUCGCGGUACCUUGCUGUCCACAGCUUGCCGCGGCCACCACUGCCGACGGCAGAUCCUGCUGCCGCCGGCCCGACUGUCUACGGCGGCGGCGGGGGCGACGCCGCGGCGGGCAGCAGCAGCGAUGAGUCUUACGCAUCCUUUGAGUCCGACUCGGAGGCCUCGUUUCCGCACCUACAACACGGCUGCAGCCAGCCAUUGCAGCCCGAGGCCUCGCCACCGCGCGAUGUGCUGGGAGCGACGGGGGCUGCAAGCACCGCGGCUGCACGGGCGAUGGCGGCGGCAAGCCAAUCGUACGGAGCCGGGUAUGACGUAGAGGCGGCGGCGCCGGCUGCCGGGCAUGGAGAGGGGCAUGGGCAGGAGGAGGAGGAGGAAGAAGAGGAGGAGGGAGCGAAGGAGCUGGCGUGGUGGUGCGAGCGGGUGGUGCACUACCGCCGCCGCCUGCGCAAGCCCGUGUUGUACGGUUGGUUGGAGAAGAGCCUGGGCAAGCGCGUGUACCAGAUCACGGACCCGGUGACACGCGUGCCGCUGGACCUGGACGUGAUCGACCUGUCCUUCCUGGCCUCCAACGUCAACGCCAUGCGCCACACACACUUCGCGCUCAACCGCGAGAUGCUGGACGACCUGUACGACGUGGUGGUGCUGCGGCGGCGGGCGCGGGAGCGCAUGUGGCGCCUGGAGCACAUCACAGGCAACGUCUUCAGCAUUGCGGUCUGCCCCUACUACAUCAGCACCAAGAACCUGUGAUGUGUUGCGGUAUGCUACGUGGGGUGCGGCCUCGCGGCACCGUGAAUGCGGCACCGUUUUGGGGGUGUGUGCGGUCCACGGCCGGGUCCGCGCAGAACGCGUGUGCUGGCGUGUUGGCCACGCGCGGCAUGGCCUGUAGGAACGUGAUGCAGGAGCGACACUAUGGCUUGAAGUGCAGGUUGAUGGAGACAGAAACUCCCAGCAGGUUGGCACGUGAAUAGCCAUGAUAUAAAAGCAAGGUGAAAUGUGUUACAUGUUCAUGCAUUCAGGCGUGACCGCAGCCUGACAGACUUAGACGUUUGUACCGCCAAGUGUGAGCUUCCAGAUUGAAUUGACCGUAUCUGCGUGCUUUCUCCGUAGGAAACGGCGGGUAAAAACAACGUAUACGGAGUGUUGAUGUGAUUUGAUUUGGCGCCCAGUCCUUGAUCACGUCUGCCCGCUGAUGUAGUUGUCAUGGGACGAGCGUGCAACUUGGCAUGCUGUGUGCUGAGAUUGCAACGCAGUCGCCCCCUGGGCAGUAUAGAUGUGAUGGACGUGUGCUAAAAGCUCGUAUUAAAGCCGUCAUGAGCACGGGUUUAGGCGCUUAUGCUAGCUUAGUAAAACGCGUGAGGCCUGUAUGAGCAGUACGACGUGCGUGUGCCAACAGCCUCUAGUCGAUGGAAUCGUAUUGGGUAAGCGCAAGGGGCAGAGGUUCUACAGUUGAAUCUGCAUAUCAAUGCAGGCGCGCACUCAAUGAAGUGCACAUGUCCACAUGAGCAAGUGACCGCUUGAGCGGCCUGACCGGAGAAGCAGAGACAGAGGAGGAGGUUGUGUGCACCGGGUCGCCAGAAAGUGCUGGUUACGAAAUGGCAUGCCGAUAUUCCUGGGCUUAACGCCCAGACCUGCAACCUUCUCGGUAUCUGACGUUGUUGGCAGGAAGUCUGGUACCUUGUAAGAUAACAGCAAG